AAAAAAAAGAGAGAGACUGACUGAAGCAGAGGGAGGAAACGAGCCUUGUAGUGUAGUCCGAACUCUCUGCGAAGCUGCUCUCGACGGGAAAAGAAGUUUGACUCGCGGCGACGCUGACUGAGCCCUCCGGUUGUUGAUAGCCACCUUCUCUGAAAGGCGACCAGCAACCAAAAGCAGCCACCAUGUCGGAUGCAGACAGAUUUCUCUACGUGGACCGCAAUCUGGUCAACAACCCGCUGGCCCAGGCCGACUGGGCAACUAAGAAGCUGAUAUGGGUGCCCUCGGAGCGCUUUGGCUUCGAGGCGGGCUCGUUGAAGGAGGAGCACGGUGACGAGUGCGUGGUUGAGCUGAUAGACUCGGGCAAGAAGGUCAAGGUAAACAAGGACGACAUCCAGAAGAUGAACCCUCCCAAGUUCAGCAAGGUGGAGGACAUGGCCGAGCUCACCUGCCUGAACGAGGCGUCUGUGCUGCACAACCUGAAGGAGAGAUACUACUCUGGACUCAUUUAUACAUACUCUGGGCUCUUCUGUGUUGUCAUAAACCCCUACAAGAACCUGCCCAUCUACUCUGAGGAGAUCGUUGAAAUGUACAAGGGCAAGAAAAGACAUGAGAUGCCUCCUCACAUCUAUGCCAUCACAGACACGUCUUACAGAAGCAUGAUGCAGGACCGGGAAGACCAGUCUAUCCUUUGCACAGGCGAGUCUGGUGCUGGUAAGACGGAGAAUACCAAGAAGGUUAUCCAGUACCUUGCUCAUGUGGCUUCCUCUCAUAAGACUAAGAAAGAUCAGAGCAGUAUGAUCCUGUCACAUGGGGAGCUGGAGAAGCAGCUGCUGCAGGCUAACCCCAUCCUGGAAGCUUUCGGAAAUGCCAAGACUGUCAAAAACGACAACUCCUCCAGAUUUGGCAAAUUCAUCAGGAUUAACUUUGAUGUCAAUGGUUACAUCGUUGGUGCCAACAUUGAGACUUACUUGUUGGAGAAAUCCCGUGCCAUUCGCCAGGCCAAAGAGGAAAGGACAUUCCAUAUUUUCUACUAUCUGCUUACAGGAGCAGGAGAGAGACUGCGUAAGGAUCUCCUCCUUGAAAAUUACAACAACUACCGAUUCCUUUCCAACGGGAAUGUCACGAUCCCKGGGCAGCAGGACAAGGAUCUGUUCACAGAGACCAUGGAGGCCUUCAAAAUCAUGAGUAUUCCAGAGGAUGAACAAGUUGGCUUGUUGAAGGUGGUGGCCUCGGUUCUGCAGCUUGGAAACAUGAGCUUCAAGAAGGAACGCCACACAGAUCAGGCUUCCAUGCCUGACAACACCGCUGCUCAGAAGGUUUGCCACCUGAUGGGUAUGAGCGUCACAGACUUCACCCGGGCCAUCCUGUCACCCAGAAUCAAAGUGGGCCGAGACUACGUCCAGAAGGCUCAGACUCAAGAACAAGCAGAGUUUGCAGUGGAAGCCCUGGCCAAGGCCACGUAUGAGAGGAUGUUCCGCUGGCUUGUCAUGAGAAUCAACAAAGCCCUGGACAAGACCAAGAGACAGGGAGCAUCCUUCAUUGGGAUCUUGGACAUUGCUGGCUUUGAGAUCUUUGAGCUGAACUCGUUUGAGCAGCUGUGCAUCAACUACACCAACGAGAAGUUGCAGCAGCUCUUCAACCACACCAUGUUCAUCCUGGAGCAGGAGGAGUACCAGAGAGAGGGCAUCGAGUGGAGCUUCAUCGACUUCGGCCUCGACCUGCAGCCCUGCAUCGACCUCAUAGAGAAACCUGCCAGUCCCCCUGGAAUCCUCGCUCUGCUGGACGAGGAGUGCUGGUUCCCUAAGGCUACAGACAAGAGCUUUGUGGAGAAGGUGCUCCAGGAGCAGGGAACACACCCCAAGUUCUUCAAGCCCAAGAAACUGAAGGAUGAAGCAGAUUUCUGUAUUAUUCAUUAUGCUGGCAAGGUGGACUAUAAAGCAGAUGAGUGGUUGAUGAAGAACAUGGACCCGUUGAACGAUAACGUGGCCACACUCCUCAACCAGUCCACCGACAAGUUUGUGUCUGAGCUCUGGAAGGACGUUGACAGCAUUGUGGGGCUGGACAAGGUGUCCGGCAUGUCCGAGAUGCCCGGUGCCUUCAGGACCAGGAAGGGAAUGUUCCGCACCGUGGGCCAGCUGUACAAGGAGCAGCUGUCCAAGCUCAUGGCCACGCUGAGGAACACAAACCCCAACUUUGUUCGUUGCAUCAUCCCCAACCACGAGAAAAAGGCUGGUAAACUGGACCCCCACCUGGUUCUGGACCAGCUGAGAUGCAAUGGUGUUCUGGAGGGGAUCCGUAUCUGCAGACAGGGAUUCCCCAACCGUAUCGUCUUCCAGGAGUUCAGACAGAGAUAUGAGAUCCUGACUCCGAACGCCAUCCCCAAGGGUUUCAUGGAUGGAAAGCAGGCCUGUGUGCUCAUGAUUAAAGCCCUGGAGCUUGAUUCCAACCUGUAUCGAAUCGGUCAGAGCAAAGUUUUCUUCAGAGCAGGAGUCCUCGCUCACCUGGAGGAGGAGAGAGACAUGAAGAUCACCGACAUCAUCAUCAGCUUCCAGGCCUGGUGCAGAGGCUACGUGGCUCGCAAGGCUUUUGCAAAGAGACAGCAGCAGUUGACUGCAAUGAGGGUGAUCCAGAGGAACUGUGCUGCCUACCUUAAACUGAGGAACUGGCAGUGGUGGAGACUCUUCACUAAGGUGAAGCCUCUUCUCCAAGUCAGCAGGCAGGAGGAAGAGAUGCAGGCCAAGGAUGACGAGCUGAACAAAGUGAAGGAGAAGCACUUGAUAGCUGAGGAGCAGCUGCGAGAAGUGGCACAAAAGAACUCUCAGCUGAACGCUGAGAAGAUCGCGCUGCAGGAGCAGCUUCAGGCAGAAACUGAGCUCUGCGCUGAGGCCGAGGAGAUGAGAGCUCGUCUGGCUGCUAAGAAGCAGGAGCUGGAGGAGAUCCUCCACGACCUGGAGGCACGUGUGGAGGAGGARGAAGAGCGCGCCUCUCAUCUGUCAUUAGAGAAGAAGAAGAUGCAGCAGAAUAUUGCUGAUUUGGAGCAGCAGCUGGAUGAAGAGGAGGCAGCCAGACAGAAACUCCAGCUGGAGAAGGUCACUUUGGAAGCCAAGAUGAAGAAGAUUGAAGAUGAUGUGAUGACUUUAGAUGACCAGAACAACAAACUGCUCAAGGAGAAGAAGCUGAUGGAGGAGAGAAUCUCUGAGUUUACCACCAACCUGGCAGAAGAGGAAGAGAAAUCCAAAAGCCUUCAGAAACUUAAGGCUAAACAUGAGGCCAUGAUCACAGACCUGGAGGACCGCCUGCGCAGGGAGGAGAAGCAGCGCCAAGAGGUGGAGAAGAACCGGCGCAAGCUGGAGGGCGAUGUCACCGAGGUCCACGAUCAGAUCGCAGAGCUGCAGGCUCAGAUCGCCGAGCUCCGUGCCCAGCUAGCGAAGAAGGAAGAAGAGCUCCAGGCUGCUCUUGUCAGGAUCGAGGAGGAGGCUGCGCAGAAAAACUUGGCUCAGAAGAAGAUCCGAGAGUUGGAGGCUCAGCUGUCUGAGCUGCAGGAGGACUUGGAGCUGGAGAGGCAGGCCCGCGCCAAGGCCGAGAAACAGCGCCGGGACCUGGGAGAAGAGCUGGAGGCCCUCAAAACCGAGCUGGAGGACACCCUGGACUCCACUGCUGUCCAGCACGAACUCAGAGCCAAACGUGAGUCAGAGGUGGCACAGCUGAAGAAGUCUCUUGAUGAAGAAGCCAAAGUCCACGAGCAGCAGUUGGUUGAGAUGAGACAGAAACACAGUCAGGCCUUUGAUGAACUCAAUGAGCAGCUUGAGCAGGCUAAGAGGAACAAAGUGUCCAUGGAGAAGGCCAAGCAGGCCCUGGAGUCAGAGAAGAACGAGCUGACCAUUGAGCUGCAGACACUGAUGCAGGGUAAAGGAGACUCGGAGCAUCGCAGGAAGAAGGCUGAAGCUCAGGUCCAGGAGCUGCAGCUCAAAUUCUCAGAGAGCGAGCGGCAGAGGGUGGAGCUAGCCGAGAAGCUGGCUAAAGUGCAGACCGAGCUGGAUAAUGUCAACGGCCUGCUGACUGAGGUAGAGGGCAAGUCCAUCAAGGCAUCGAAAGACUGCUCUGCUGUGGAAUCCCAACUUCAGGAUGUUCAGGAACUACUCCAAGAAGAAACUCGUCAGAAACUGUCUCUGGGCACCCGCAUGCGUCAGCUCGAGGAAGAACAGAACAACCUGAAAGAACAACUGGAGGAAGAAGAAGAAGCCAAGAAGAAUGUGGAGAAGCAGCUUCUAGCAGCUCAGGCUCAGCUCACAGAGAUGAAGAAGAAGCUGGAGCAGGAUGCUGGCUGUCUGGAGACGGCUGAAGAGGGCAAAAAGAGACUUCAGAGGGACCUGGAGGCCACAACCCAGCGCCUGGAGGAGAAAUGUGCCGCUUUCGACAAGCUGGACAAAACAAAAAACCGUCUCCAGCAGGAGUUGGAUGACCUGCUGGUGGACCAAGACCACCUCCGGCAAAUCGUCUCCAACCUGGAAAAGAAGCAGAAGAAGUUCGACCAGAUGCUGGCAGAGGAGAAGAAUAUUUCCGCUCGUUAYGCAGAAGAGCGUGACCGAGCUGAAGCUGAGGCUCGUGAGAAGGAGACCCGGGCACUGGCUCUAACCCGUGAGCUGGACUCUUUGCUGGAGGUCAAGGAAGAACUGGACCGCAGCAGCAAACUGCUGCGGGCUGAAAUGGAGGACCUGGUAUCGUCCAAGGAUGACGUUGGAAAGAAUGUGCACGAACUGGAGAAGGCUAAACGUGCGAUGGAGCAGCAGCUGGAGGAGAUGAAGACUCAGCUGGAGGAGCUGGAGGAUGAGCUGCAGGCCACAGAGGAUGCCAAGCUGCGCCUGGAGGUCAACAUGCAGGCCAUGAAGGCCCAGUACGAGAGGGACCUGGCAGGACGAGACGAGAUGGGUGAGGAGAAGAAGAGAGCUCUGGUUAAACAGGUCAGGGAGAUGGAGAUGGAGCUGGAGGAUGAGAGGAAGCAGCGCUCUGCAGCUGUGGCCGCCCGUAAGAAGCUUGAGCUGGACCUGAAGGAGCUGGAGGCGGGCAUCGACAUGUCCAACAAGAACCGUGAAGAGGCCCUGAAACAGCUGAAGAAACUCCAGGCCCAGAUGAAGGAUCUUAUCCGGGAACUGGAUGACACUCGCAUGUCCAGAGAGGAGAUCCUGACCCAGAGCAAGGAGUCUGAGAAGAAGCUGAAGGCCAUGGAGGCUGAAAUGCUCCAGAUGCAGGAGGAGCUGGCAGCUGCUGAGAGAAUAAAGAGACAGGCCCAGCAGGAGAGAGAUGAACUGCAAGACGAAAUAAACAACCAGUCGGGCAAGAAUUCUCAGGUCACAGAAGAGAGGAGACGGCUGGAGGCUCGUAUUGCUCAGCUGGAGGAGGAGCUGGAGGAGGAGCAGUGCAACACUGAACUGAUCAAUGACCGUCUGAAGAAGGCUCUGCUGCAGACUGACCAGAUGAAUGUGGAGCUGACUGCGGAGCGCAGCACCUCCCAGCGUCUCGAGGGGGCUCGCUCCCAGCUGGAGCGUCAGAACAAAGACCUGAAGCUGAAGCUGCAGGAGCUCGAGGGAACUGUCAAGUCCAAAUACAAGGCCAACAUGGCCGCCCUGGAGGCAAAGAUCGCCCAGCUGGAAGAACAGCUAGAUAUAGAGACCAGGGAGAGGCAGGCCGCCACCAAGCUGGUGAGACGCUCCGAGAAGAAACUGAAGGAAGUCAUCCUGCAGGUGGAUGAUGAGAGGCGCAACGCAGAGCAGCAUAAGGACCAAGCCGACAAGUUGAACACUCGCAUGAAGCAGCUGAAGCGUCAGCUGGAGGAGGCUGAAGAGGAGGCCCAGAGAGCCAACGCCUACAGGAGGAAACUUCAGAGGGAGCUGGAGGACGCCACAGAGUCUGCGGACGCCAUGAAUCGUGAAGUUGUCUCCCUCAAGAGCAAGCUCAGGCGUGGUGACCUCCCUUUCACUGUGCGCCGCACUGUCACUCGCACUGGCGUUGAAAGUGAUGAGGAAAGCGAGCCCAAGAGCGAGAACCCAGAGCCCCAAGCCUGAAAGAACCGCACCACCGCAUCCUAAACCAGACACACCCAAAUACACACGAGCACCCAUCACUAGAACGAAGAAACACCACAAACAUGAGAAAUUUGGUCAGACUAAAGGCAAUUUAGUUCUGCAGCGGUCUGAACUUUUUUCCCUUUUUGUUAAAAAUCAGAGUUAAUCUAUGCAUUCUUAACACAUCUACACACACAGAAGCCAGUAAACUAAGACAAUCGCCACACUGUCUCUCUCUCACACACAGUUUAUGGGCCAAAUUCUUUUCUUUUUCAUUCUCUGGGAAAAGUACAGAUAUUUUUUUAAGGAAAUUUUCCACUUAUAAUAGUCCUGAUUUAGGAUUUAUUUUUCUAAUUACUAAAAGUAUACCUAGAUAAAUGAAGAUGAUUACUGGAAAAAGGACCAAAGCAAUAUCUCAGUCUGUAGAAGUGUAUUUUAUGCAGACGUAUUUUUAUAAUGGUUAAGAAUGGAAGUGCUUCAUGUUUAUUAUGCUUGUGCUCUAACCUCAGUUUAUAAAGAUUUAUACAGUAUCCUGAAGUGUAUUCUAUCAGCUUAGAUGCAAUUAGAUCUUGUUUUGCUUUUGGGCUCACUUAUUUUGUGCUGCUUUCUGUUCUUAUGGCGACAAAGUUAAAGACGGUUUAAUCCAACGAUUGGAAGCUCACUGAUAUACUGACGGUGUUUGAUUUGUGCUGAAAUAUUUUUAGUUUGCACUGAAAUGGAACAACAUUAACCACUGCAUAUGCUCUAAAGCCGUAGAAUGACCCGUGCAUGUGCUUAUUUAGCGUGUGCGCUCUCACUGCCUACACAAACUAUAUUAAGGCCUUAAAUGCAGCUGAGACCUACUUGGUAGGGUUCUGUUUUCCUCUGGAUGAGCUUUGAUUUUCAUUUAUCACUAUCAGUGUUUGUUAUUUUCAGGGUAAUGUGUAAAUGGUGGUAGCAUUUUUUUAUUUGCUGCACACACUGUAAUCUCGGGGCACAGCUUGUUGAGACAGGUGGAGCUGAGGCUGUCAACCAAAAGCAAAUUGAGGACGGGAACAUUUCUUACUGUACGUUGUGUGCUCUAAACUGUUGACUAGCCCGUAGAGCUUGGUACACACACAUCAGAGUCUGUGUGUGUGGUCAGGGUAUGACUAACAGUUGUGCAGUGAGACGAACUGUUUGACAAGAUGACGUAAACCCCCACCUCACAGGCUGUGCCCAGGGUCAGCUUUUGGCUCACACUGCUGGAAAGUGAGAGGAAUGUGUUCAGAUUAACGGCUCAUAAACCGAUCACAUCUUUCACACAAAGCAAACCCAAAAGAUAGAAAAAUGAUAUUUGUUGUUUCUGUCUGCAUUUCUGGAAUGGAAAUCAUGUUAAGCGUGAUAUUUCAAAUAAAGUUGCUUUAUAAACUGCA